UGAAAACAGUAUCAGAGGUUCCAUUCCCAAGAGUUUGAAGAACUGCACUAGUUUGGUCAGGGUAAGGCUGGAAUGGAAUCAACUUGAAGGAAACAUAUCAGAAGAUUUUGGCGUAUAUCCGCAGUUAAAUUAAAUUGACCUCAGUUACAAUAAAUUGUAUGGUGGGCUAUCACAAAAUUGGGGGCACUGCCAAAAUUUAACAGUCUUGAAAAUUUCUAGCAAUAGAAUUUCCGGUAGCAUACCACCUGGGAUUUCCGAAGCAACUCAAUUGCAGGUGCUUGACCUCUCCUCCAAUGAACUGGUAGGAGAGAUCCCGAAAGAACUGGGAAAGAUGCCAUUACUGGUUCUCAAGAUGAGUAACAAUAUGCUUUCAAGCAAUAUUCCUAAAGAACUUGGAAUGCUAUCAGAUCUAGAGCAGCUUAACCUGGCAGCAAAUCGUCUGGGCGGAUCUAUUCCUGAACAACUAGAGAAGUGUUCCAGGCUGCUUUUCUUGAAUUUAAGUAGGAAUACACUGGGCAAUAGCAUUCCCUUCCAGAUUGGCAAUUUACGCACUCUCCAAAGUCUUGACCUAAGCUACAAUAUGCUUAGAGGAGAAUUGCCGUAUAAGCUUGGGUUCCUUCGCAGCUUAGAAAUUUUCAACAUCUCCCAUAAUGAACUUUCAGGCUCCAUCCCGUCAAGCUUUAGUGAGAUGGUUAGCUUGACAUCUAUUGAAAUAUCCAACAAUCAAUUGGAGGGUCCUCUCCCCAAUAAUCCAGCAUUCAGCAAGGCAUCAGCAGAAAUGCUCGAGAACAAUCAAGAUUUGUGUGGCAACAACAAGGCUUUAGAGGCCUGCACCAUGACAUCUAGAAGGAAGCACAGCAAGAAGAUAGUGUUCUUAAUCAUGCCACCUGUUUUCGGCAUUGUAAUUCUACAAUUUGCCACGCUUGGAAUACUUGUUCAUCGCAGAAAGAAGAAGAACAAAGAUAAGCCAAUAGAAGUACUCAACGAAAAUUUCACAACAAUACUGAACUAUGACGGAAAGAUGGUACAUGAAAGCAUCGUUGAGGCAACCGAGGAGUUCGACUCCAAGUAUUGCAUUGGCGUUGGAGGAAGUGCGAGUGUUUAUAAAGCUGAGCUGCCAACAGGUCAAGUUGUUGCGGUCAAGAAACUUCACCAACCUGAAGAAGGCGGGAUCAAUCUCAAAGCUUUCACAAGUGAGAUUACGGCUUUGGCUGAAGUGCGACACAGAAAUAUUGUGGGGUUCUUUGGGUAUUGUUUGCACCCAAGGCACUCAUUUUUGGUGUACGAGUUCUUGGAACGAGGGAGCUUGGCUAAAGUACUAAGAAAUGAGGCAUCAGCCGUAGAUUUAGAUUGGAUUAAGAGAAUAACUAUCAUAAAGGGUGUGGCAGAUGCUCUAUGUUACAUGCACCACGAAUGCUUUCCUCCUAUAAUCCAUCGAGACAUAUCAAGCAAUAGUGUUUUGUUGGAUGCGGACCACACGGCUCAUGUGUCUGACUUCGGUACAGCUAGAAUUUUGAAGCCUACCUCUUCCAAAUGGACUUCAUUUGGAGGCACAUUUGGGUACGCAGCUCCAGAGCUUGCCUACAUGAUGGAAGCAAAUGAGAAAUGUGAUGUUUACAGCUUUGGAGUAGUAACAUUGGAAGUGAUCAUGGGAAGGCAUCCAGGAGAUCUCAUCUCGUCCUUGUCAAUAUCAAGGGCCCAUCAAAUUCUAUUCAAGGAUGUAGUGGACCAACGCAUUCUUCCUCCUCAUGGUCAAGCAGCGGAGGAAUUGGUUAACGUUGCAAAGCUAGUAUUUGCUUGCCUUGAUGCCAGUCCACGCUCUCGGCCAACCAUGGAACAAGUUUCUCACAAGAUAGCAAUUCGAAAGCCCAACCAUACAACAAGUCUCUCACAAGAUGUCCAUUCGAAAGCAACAUUUGCCAAGGCAUUUGACACUGUAAAAUUAGCAGACCUGUUUGAUUGUUUGCGUCCUUAAUUUCUAGUCUUCGUAAUCUAGCCAUUUGCUUUUGGAUGUAUCCAGUAUUUCCUACUAGAUAUAUAGGAUGUAGGAGUCCAUGAAAAUCAAUAAAACUAAUC